UUUCAAACGCAAAUCCCCUCUCCAUCUAAAUUCUAACAUCUUCAUUUCUUCCCUAAAACACCCAAAAUCCACUGUUCCCGUUUCGAAUUUCAUAUAUAUUCCAGUUCAUCACACGCCGGGUGGUGCAGGCAUUCAUCAAUAAAAGAAAAUUUCAUCUACUUUUUAAGAUGGGUGUGGAGAGCUACCAUGUUAUAGAGCUUGUGGGCGAGGGCUCUUUUGGGAAGGUGUACAAAGGGAGGAGAAAGUUUACUGGCCAGACGGUUGCCAUGAAAUUUAUUCCGAAACAUGGGAAAAGCGAUAAGGACAUUCACAACUUAAGGCAGGAAAUUGAGAUUCUAAGAAAGUUGAAGCAUGAAAAUAUUAUAGCAAUGCUCGAUUCUUUUGAAAGCCCGCAGGAGUUUUGUGUCGUUACAGAAUUUGCUCAAGGUGAGCUGUUUGAAAUUCUUGAAGACGAUAAAUGCCUUCCUGAAGAACAAGUCCAAGCAAUAGCAAAGCAGUUGGUAAGAGCACUGCAUUAUUUACACUCAAAUCGUAUAAUACAUCGUGACAUGAAGCCGCAAAAUAUUCUCAUUGGUGCUGGAUCUAUUGUCAAGCUUUGUGACUUCGGUUUUGCACGAGCCAUGUCCACAAACACAGUAGUUUUGCGAUCCAUAAAAGGUACACCAUUGUAUAUGGCUCCAGAAUUGGUACGAGAACAACCAUACAACCACACUGCUGAUUUGUGGUCUCUUGGCGUUAUCUUAUAUGAGCUGUUUGUUGGUCAACCUCCAUUUUAUACUAAUUCAGUUUAUGCUCUUGUUCGCCACAUCAUCAAGGACCCAGUUAAGUAUCCAGACAAUAUGAGCUCAAGCUUCAAGAGUUUUCUGAAGGGCCUGCUUAACAAGGUACCGCAGAAUAGACUGACCUGGCCUGCACUUCUUGAGCAUCCAUUUGUUCAAGAAACAUUGGAGGAUGUGGAAGCCAGGGAGAUUCGUACUGCAGCAGCUGCUGCAAAGGGAUCUGAUGCAACUUGGAGGGGAAAGGGAGAUAUUCAAUCAACUCAGUUGAAUGUUGCAAGUCCCGAAAGUAAAAGUCAUAUUCAAGCUGUCAGUGCAAAUGGAAACAUUGGGAACCUUCAGACUGAUGUUCAUUUGAAAAGUCCAGACAACGUCACUGUCAAUGCUUCACCAGAGGAGUUCCCAGGUUUCUCACAGCCUGAUGAUAUUGUACAGUCAGGUUGUCAAGUUUUGGGCAGACUGGAAAGCAACUCCCGAACAGUCAAGGGUGCAAAACUUAUUGGGCAAGAUAAUGAUGCAUUGUCAGCUAUUUUGGUUCCGUUAAGAAACUUGUGUGAAGAAUCAAAAGUUCCUGGCAGGGAUCAUGAUUUUAUCAAAUUAAACCAAUCGCUUAGGAUCCUUUCGAACUUAGUUGCAGCAGCUUCCAUCAACUCAAAUGGGACUCUUGAUCAAGUUAUAUGUGUCCUUCUUGGUUUCACUUAUGCUGUACUUAAAAUCAGGUCUUCCAAUGGAACUGAAUUGCUGAUGAGGAGUUUCUCCGUCACCAGAAAACUGUUAGAUAUCUGUGGAGGUGCUAUUGGAGGCUCAUUUCAAGGGCAUUGGAGAACACUUCAUGAAUUGUACUCGCAGGUGAUAAAUAACCUGGAUGAUGCUUCUGGUCGAGUUUUGUCUGAGUCAACUGGUUGCAUUGCAGCUAUGUUGUUUCGAGUGGCUCAGGCUCUUAAAGUAUCAUCUUCUCCGCCAACCCUUAUAGGAACUCUCAAAGAACUGUUAGACCAUGCUACCAGCUCUGGCAUAGUGGACCUUUUGAUUUUGUGCUUAGCUACAUCAGGGUCUAACCUCAUAUCAGGUUCCUCAAAUUUACUGCGAGCUGCUGCUGAAGCCUGCAGGGCUCUUUGGUUGCUGGUGGACGCAUUUGAACUACUUUCUCUAAGAGAUAAUAGAUAUCAUUUUCCAAUUAGCUGUUUGCGAAGUCCAUCUUUACAUCGACUUGACAUCAAGGACCAUGAGCGAGGUCCAUUACUUGGUAGGGAUUCAACAAAAAUUAUUGAUUCCAUGACAAAGGCAUUUCUAAGGUCCAAAGCCAUACAGGUUGCUGUUUAUUAUUGUCUGCAUCAACGUCUUGAACCUUCUAUCUGUGCUGGAGUACAGCUUGUUCUGAGGUGUUGCUUGCAUAGUGGAGUUGUUGCCAAUAUCCUCUGUGGUCUGCCUAGUUCUCUUCCCGUUACUACAGUGGUGAGUGGAGGAGGCGACGGCACUAUUGUUUCAGAGAUUUUCUCUGUACUGUCAUCAACUAAGAAAGCACGUGGCGGAGAAGCAAACACCUUGGUUCUGCACUUAAGCCUUCUUCUUGCCACCAUUGCACAAUGUCUAAAGUCAUCAGGAAGGAAUUCUGCCUUGUUCAUUCUCACUACAUCUUCAAGAAAGCAGCUCACUCGGCUCUCUGACCUUGCACAUUAUUUCUCUGCUGAUGUACAGUCAUUAUGCCAACCUCAUUCUGCAUCUGCAAUGCUAGCUCUAGCAUCCAUUCUGUCUCUUGAAACUAGCUGCACAGUUGAAACUGCCAUUCUUGACAUAGCUGUGCCUAUGAUCCCUAGGACUGCCAAGCUAUGUGAAUACCUUAGGAAUCCUGCUAAUGAACAAGAUGGAACAAGUAUGUUUAGUGGAAUGCUUUCACAUUGGCAUGGCCUAAGAGAUGGAUGUAUUGGGUUAUUGGACAUACGACUGAAGAAGGAAGGACCAUUGGCUGUGCAACACUCCUGUGCUAGUGGUAUUCCACAGCUGCUUAUUGAUUUGUUGACAAACAACAUUACAGAAGUCUCUUCUGAAGAAUCCAAUUUUUCGAAAGACCAAAUUGAGCUAUCACCAAUUGGAGUUGCAUGGAGCAUUUCAUUACUAUGCCAAUGCCUUACUGGGGGAGUAUCAACUUUUCGUCAUAUAUUGCUUAAGAUGGAACAUGUCAAGGUCAUAUCUGAUUUGAUAUUGGACAUACAUCUUAAGCUAGUCAAAUCUUGGAGUGGACCCGGUGGCGGGGUGGAUGGGGUUAGGGAUACAAUAAAUGCGGUUAUAGAUCUUUUGGCAUUUCCGUUUGUGGCUGUACAGAAUGGUCUAGGUUUGCCAUCUGCUACUGCUUCAGUGAAUAGUGGAUUUCUCCUUAAUGUUGGUUCACCUGGUGGAAGAGUUUGUCCUGAAGACAGAGACAUGGUGAAAGCAAUUGAAUCACAUUUGGGAAAGUAUACUCAAAUCCUAUUGGAGGUAGGAGUUCCAGGCAUUAUUCUUCGGUGUUUGGAACAUAUGGAAUCCAAAGAUAAAGCCAGGCCUGUUGCAUUUCUUGCCAAAAUGACGGCUUACCGACCUCUUGCUGUUCAACUAUUGGGUAAAGGUUUGCUGGAUCCAAGGAGAAUGAAGUCUCUACUGGAUGGUUCAUGCCCCGGAGAAGCCGUUCUAGAUGUUCUCAUGAUUGUUUCAGAUUUAGCUCGCAUGGAUAAGGCCUUCUAUGAAUACAUUGAUGGGGCAGAUAUCUUGGAGUAUCUUAAGGAGUUCCUAACCGAUAAAGAUCCUAAUGUGCGUGCCAAAACAUGCAGUGCUAUAGGAAAUAUGUGUCGUCACAGCUCCUAUUUCUAUGCUUCGCUGGCAAAACGUGGCAUCACUAGUCUUCUCAUUGAUCGCUGUGCUGAUUCUGACAAAAGAACGCGGAAGUUUGCUUGCUUUGCUAUUGGCAAUGCUGCCUAUCAUAAUGAGCUGUUGUAUGAUGAGCUCCGGAGAUCCAUUCCUCAGCUCUCAUAUCUGCUGCUUUCAGCUGAGGAAGACAAAACCAAGGCCAAUGCUGCUGGGGCACUCAGUAAUCUUGUCCGCAACUCCAACAAGCUUUGCGGAGAUAUUGUUUCUAAAGGAGCCAUGCAGGCAUUACUUAAGCUGGUGACAGACUGUUCUGUCGUAGCUCUGAGCCCCAGUAGAAAAGAUACAAUAAAUGAGUCACCUUUAAAGAUUGCACUAUUUUCUCUGGCGAAGAUGUGUGCUCAUCCACCUUGCAGACAAUUCCUUCGAUCAUCCGAGCUAUUUCCAGUAGUUAGGCAGCUUCAGCAGUCACCGGAUUCAACGAUAGCUAAUUAUGCCGCUGUAAUCGUUAAGAAAGUUGCAGAAGUAUAAUUGAUCAUUGAUUUGCUUGAAAUCUGCCAGCCACUGAAUUGAAGCUCAUCUCUCAUGUGCCACUAUGAAAAGGUUGAUGCACGCUCAGUCGGUUUAUCAUGCAAUUGCUCUUGUACAAUUGAAGCAACAUAAGGUCAUCAAUGACUUGGUUGCUGGUAAAUAUAUGUAUCUACCAACUUAUUAAAUUUCUGUAUGCGGUUCAAAUAUGGAAACAUUCUUAGAAUCAAGUAAAUUUUUGGGCAGUUUUCCAUUACCUCUCACAGUUAUGUCUGUGCAGUAAGGAUAUAAUGCUUUUAGUCUUCACUUGAAGAAAAUAAUAUGUAUUGGUCCACUUUUGCAAAGCUCUGCGAAUAUCCUUCCUUUGAUUGUUCUGGACUAAAGCUCAUUCUUUGUAACAACUGGCAUGAGAGACCGUAAUUCCCAUUUUCCUU